UAAAUACCUCUUCUUCCAUCUACAACUCAACUCACCCCCUCUCCUAUCCAACUAUCAUCGAAACACCCAUCCAUUACUUCGUCAAAUAACCAGUAUAACCUAACAAGAUGGCUGAAAAUUCCAAGACAGAGAAGAGACCUCUCAAGUACACUGUCACGUAAGUCUUAUUCUCAUCAGCCCCUCCAUCUCAUUGAUCCCAGAAUUGAGACGAAAUUGCUUGCACUGCUCGCUCGUGCUGGGACAUUUGACAUUUCCCGAGAGUAUCGCUAACCCACCACCCUGACUUAGUCACUACCGCAAAGCGCAACACACCCACGAAGAAUUCAUGAAAUGGGUCGUAGAAACACAUCUCCCACUCGCCAUGCUCAUCUUCAAAAGACACGGGAUCCUCUCCUACUCACUCGUGCGUUCACUCUUCAUCCCUCAACUCAUCCCAUAACAAUUUUCAUACUAAUCGUUGAUCACCCAACAGUUCACAACCCCAGCUUCGCUCAAUGAGCCCCUGAGAGCGGAGAUCGGGAAGAUGCGUCCCACCUGGGAAUUUGCGGAUUUCGACUGCUUCAUUGAGUAUUUGAUCCCGGAUAUGCAGGCGAUUAUGAAGGUCCUGGGGGAUGCCGACUGGCAGGUGGCUGUUAGGGACCAGGAUGAGUGGUUGGAGAGUAAGAAGGCACUGGUUUCUUUGGGGUAUCUUACGACGUAUUUGCGAGAGACGGGGGAGGUUGUGAAUAUGAAGGAAUAGAAGGACUAGCCUACUAGGACUAGUACUCUUGUACGCGCGGUUGUUGUAAAGGGAGGAGGACAAUCGGAGAUAGCCAUCUAUCUUGUUUGAUUUUUGGGAUGCUCGACGGUGUUGAAAUUGAUUGAAAGGAGAUAGAAUACUGCGUUUUGUAUGAUUGUUUCAAUAUUAGUAGUAUUCCUC